UGAAAAUGGGAGGAAAGUGCAAAAAGUUCAAUAUCUGGAGAAAUACACAUUCCACAAACAUGACAUUUGGUGAGGAGACAAAAUGAUCCCACCAGAGGGAAAAAUGUCAAUUAUAAGCCUCUACAAAUGAAAGAAAAUCUAUAAAAGAGAGUGGUAUAAGGACUCUAGAAGGUUCCUGUAAGUGUAUAUAUGUGGAUGUAUACAAAAUUUACUUGGGAAACCAUUUUAAAGGUCCGAUAUCUCCAGAAAUAAAACUCCCACAGUCAUGAAAUUGGGUGAGAACACAGACAGAAUAGUUUCCAUCAGAUCCAAACAGUCAAACUGCACGAAGAAAUGCCAAAAUUAUCGAUUAUUGAUCCUUGAAAAUGGAAAAAAAAAACUGCAAAAUGUCCAAUAGAGGGUGGUAUAGGGGCCCUAGAAUAUCCUGUAAGUGUGUAUCUAUGGAUGGAUCCGUGUUUCUACUAAAAUACAGUCUUUGGUCGACAUUUCACCAGCAGUAGAAUCUGAUGUUUGGCAAGUAUUAUAAGCCAAGAUUGCAGUGUUUUGCUAAUUUGUUCUGCUAAAAUGGUGUUGCUCCAGUAUUUUAGAUUCUUUCCGAUGCUAAGUUACCAAUAUUACUUCUAUUUAAGUGACAUUUUUGUGAUGGAGCAUCUUAUUGAAGUAAAUUAUCUGAAUACUUUUUGCAUGCUGGAUGAACUGCCUUGAGUUUCUACUUUGGGGCUUGAAUUUCCCAAGUAGUCCUUGUAAGAGGUUUCCUUCUGAUUGCUCUUCAGAGGAAUUAAAGCACUGUUCAAGUUAGAAACCAGGGAGUUAUUGAGAGGCGACGGAAUUUUGAACCAUUUGGCAUACAAGUGAUAUUUCCAAAAAGAUGUCCUCACAUUUUCUACAUCUAUGAAUCUUUCUCUACUUGUCUUUGUACCUAUUGAUCUAAUUCUAAUUAACAAUUUAAUCAUCAUCUUUCUUUUGAACCACUCUGAUGAAGGACUUGUUUGGUUUGGUGUUGAUCUUUGCUGUCCCUCCCUCUCUCCUCCACAUAUGUACAUGUCCUCCUCCCUAACCAGCUGGGAUUUCUCUAUAUAAGCCCUUUGGAGCCCUCCAGGCUGACAGUGAUGCUGAGGAUGCUGUAUUGUUUUGGCAUGAGCUUCUCUCUCCACUUCUUCAUCCUGGUAUCGGCCGCCGCCGUCAUCAAUAACGGCUCUCAGCCCCUGAAGCUGCUGAUCGGCUUCCAGGCUCCGUGGAACAUGUCGCUGCCGUUCAGCGCCCUGAGGCUGGGCUCGGCCUUGCAGAUCGCCGUGGACAAAGUGAACGCCAACCCCGCCCUGCUGGGGAACUACAGCCUGGACUUUGUGUUCAAGGACACCGACUGCAACCCCAAAGAGUCGCUGGGAAGCUUCAUCCAUCAGGUGUGGAGGGAAAACGUGUCGGCGCUGUUCGGGCCGGCGUGUCCAGAAGAAGCCGAGGUCACUGGUCUCAUCGCGUCAACGUGGAACAUCCCCAUGUUCAGCUUCGUGGGUCAAUCCUCCAAAAUGGAUAACGGUGAGAUCUACGACUCCUACAUCAAAGUGGUUCCUCCUCUUAAAAGAAGCUCGGAGGUCCUGGUGAAGACUCUGGAGUUCUUCGGCUGGACUCACGUGGCCAUGAUCGGAGGAGGACUGGACUCCAACACUUGGGACAAAGUGGACGCUUUGUGGAAGACGGUGGAGGAUCCGCUGAGAGCUCAGUUCAAGCUGAACGCAGCCGUGAAGUUCGACACCAGCGACCCUCAGCUGCUUCACCAGAAAGUUAAAUACAUCUCAACGGUGGCCAGAGUUAUCGUGGUUCUGACCAACAGAGAUGACGCCAUGAAUCUGCUGCUGGAGGCCGAGCGUCAGGGUCUGAUGAACGGGGACUACGUCUUCUUCCUCGUCCAGCAUUUUGAGGUCAGUGGCAGCGUGGACAACUUGUGGAAAAACGCCUUGAACAGCAGGUUAAACCAGGCGGCAAUCAGAGCUUUCGACAUGACCUUCAUCAUCGGACAGAAAGCCUACGAAGGCUACGAGUAUUACGACUUCUAUGGGGAAGUUUUCCAAAGACUAAAGGGUCACCCGUUUAGAAGCAACCUGACGUCUGAAAGAGAGGUGAGCCCCUACUCGGCCUACCUGCAUGACGCCGUGCUUCUUUACGCCAUGGGCCUGAGGGAAGUCCUGAGAGACGGAAAAAAUCCUCAUGACGGCCGGCAGCUUCUGCAGAGAUUAAAAAACAAGCGCAGCAUUCAAUUUUAUGGUGCGUCUGGACUAGUCCACUUUGACGAGGAGGGGGAGAGAAAUCUGGACUAUUCCAUUUAUGACCUGCAGCACAACGGAGACGUCACCAAGUUUGUUCCCAUCCUGCAUUUUGACAGUCACACCAAAGACGUCCGACCAACAUCCAUGUUUUCCUCCAUGGUGUGGCCUAAAGGAAAACCUCCUUCUGACAUCCCAGAAUGUGGCUUCAACAACGAACUGUGUGAAUGGCUGACCAAUGACUUGGCCCUGCUGGCUCUGCUCGUCAUCUUCCCUGUCAUCGGUGUUGUCGCUGUUUUGCUCAUCGGGGUUUUGAUGCUGCAGAAGCUGCGGCUGCAGACGAAGUUGGACGAUUCGUGCUGGUGGAUGAUCAGCUACAGCGACAUCACCAUCAUCAGGGAGCCCUCAGGAGUUCAGGGUUCAUCUCUCAGCACCACCUGUAGUCAGACAGGAAGUGGAAGUUCUCACUCCAGUUUCUCCAACAACAGCUUCGGUCUGAGAGACAAGAUGGGCAAAGAACACGUCUACACCACCAUCGGCCUCUACCAGGGAAAUCAAGUUGCCAUCAAGUACAUUAAGAACCUGAAGUGUUGCAAUUUCCAGAAACCUUCCAUCAUCGCUGAGUUCAGUGUGAUAAAAGAGAUGAAACAUGAGAACUUGGUGCAGUUCUUUGGUGUUUGCAUCGAUCCCAUCUGUCUCGUCAUCCAGUACUGCAAGAAAGGAAGCCUGAAGGACCUUCUGAAUGCUACAGAUGUUGAGCUGGAUGGGAUGUUCAAGCUGUCCUUCGCUUACGAUAUUGUCAACGGGAUGGAGUUCAUUCACAAAAGUCGACUAAAGUUCCACGGGAACCUGAAGCCGAGCACAUGUCUGGUGGACAGUCGACUCCAAAUCAAACUCUCCGGUUUCGGACUCUGGGAGUUUAAAUACGGCAGCAAAAGCAAAACCAUCCCACUGGAAAACAACAAUUAUGAAGAGAUGUUUUGGACGGCUCCAGAGCUCCUGAGGCAGGCCGGUCUGCUGGUCAACGGGACGCCCAAAGGGGACGUCUACAGCUUCGCCAUCAUCAUGUGGGAACUCAUGUACAAUUCUAAAGCUGGUCCGUAUCAGGACAUCAACCUGGACCCUAAAGAGAUCAUUAUGCAGCUGAGGACGCCUUUCCAAGGAGAACCUCUGCGACCGGUUAUAUCUGAGGAUCUGUGUGAAGAGAACAUCAACGCCCUGCUGAGGUCCUGCUGGAGCGAAAACCCCGAUCAUCGACCGCCGUUCGGGUCGAUCCAGAGGAGGCUGAGGGACAUCAGUCCAGACAGUCAUGCGAACAUUCUGGACAACAUGGUGGACAAGCUGGAGAAAUACGCCAAUCACCUGGAGGAGGUGGUGGAGGAGAGAACCAAUCAGCUCACUGUGGAGAAAGCUCGAGCAGACAAGCUCCUGUCCAGCAUGUUACCAAGGUACAUCGCAGAUCAGCUGAUGGCAGGAAAGUCAGUGGAGCCGCAGAGCUACGACCUGGUGACCAUCUUCUUCUCUGACAUUGUGGGCUUCACCUCCAUGUGCUCCGUCAGCUCGGCAAUGGAGGUCGUGACCUUCCUCAAUGACCUCUACAGCCUGUUUGAUGACAUCAUCAAGAUGUAUGACGUCUACAAGGUGGAAACCAUCGGUGAUGCCUACAUGGUCGCCAGCGGUCUGCCUCUCAGCAAUGGCAACAAACACGCUUUAGAGAUCUGUACAAUGGCUCUGCAUUUCCUGAGCGGCAUCAAGAUCUUCAAAAUCCAUCACAUGCCGACCGAGAGUCUCGCAAUUCGCAUUGGGAUACACUCUGGUCCAGUGGUUGCUGGAGUUGUUGGCACCACGAUGCCCCGGUACUGCCUCUUUGGUGACACAGUGAACAUGGCGUCUCGCAUGGAAAGCAACAGCUUACCCCUGAAGAUUCACAUUUCUCAGACCACAGCAGACAUCCUCGUCCAGGCCGGAUCAUUUGAGAUGGAGGAGAGAGGGGAAAUUGAAAUGAAGGGUAAAGGGUAUCAUAAGACCUACUGGCUGCUCAAUAAAAUUGGCUUUAAUCCUCCUGCUAUAAUCCACAACUCUCCAGCAGCUGACAGUAUCAAAGUAAAGUCAGAGAAGCCAGGAGUGGCCAGGACAACGGGAAAAAAGGCCCAGAAAACUCUGACCAACGCUCACAUGGCAGAAUUCACGAUGACUGCGGUGCACAUUUAA